UGAGGUGUAAGCGAGAUGCUAGGUAUCCCCUAUUCAACAGCAAGUACGCAAAACAAAACACAAGUAGGCGGCCGGCACGCUGCAGCCAGAACCAAUCGCAGAAGCAUCCGCCCAAUCCACUCCCCACCCCGCCCGCUUCGUGCAGCUCCGCCCUUCCGCCUUCCCGGAAGCCUCUGGGCCGACGCCUGGCGGCCACCUUGUCUGGAGACAGUCGCUCGGGUGGUAUCGUCUGCGCUGAGACCAAUUCUCUGGCAUUCGCGUCGCGUCACUGAAGCCAGAGACUGGAGGGGCGUCGGCGGCCGACAUGACCCAGGCGGAGAAGGGAGAGGCGGAGAACGGGAAGGAGAAGGGCGGGGAGAAGGAGAAGGAGCAGCGCGGGGUGAAGCGACCCAUCGUGCCCGCGCUGGUGCCGGAGUCGCUGCAGGAGGUUCCACAACUCUGAGGAUUGGUCGAGCCACAGACACACUUCCUGCCAGCAUUCCUCACGUCAUUGCACGAAGACACAAACAACAAGGGCAGCCGCUGUACAAGGACAACUGGCUCCUAAGAGAGGGACUGAAUAAACCUGAAAGUAAUGAACAAAGGCAAAAUGGCCUUAAAAUGGUGGAUCAAGCAAUAUGGUCUAAAAAGAUGUCAAAUGGUACAAGACGGAUUCCUGUGUCCCCUGAGCAGGCACGUUCCUACAACAAGCAGAUGCGACCCGCUAUUUUAGAUCACUGCUCUGGAAAUAAGUGGACAAACACAUCUCAUCACCCUGAGUUUUUGGUGGGAGAAGAGGCCCUGUACGUUAAUCCUUUGGACUGUUACAAUAUUCACUGGCCUAUCAGAAGAGGUCAGUUAAAUAUUCACCCAGGACCUGGGGGCUCUCUCACAGCUGUUCUGGCCGAUAUUGAAGUAAUAUGGUCUCAUGCAAUACAAAAAUACUUGGAAAUCCCACUGAAAGAUUUAAAGUAUUAUAGAUGUAUCUUGUUAAUUCCUGAUAUCUAUAAUAAACAGCAUGUGAAAGAAUUAGUGAAUAUGAUCCUAAUGAAGAUGGGUUUUUCAGGGAUCGUGGUCCAUCAGGAGUCUGUGUGCGCCACCUUUGGAAGUGGCUUAAGCAGCACAUGUAUCGUAGAUGUCGGAGACCAGAAGACAAGUGUGUGCUGUGUGGAGGAUGGGGUCUCUCAUCGGAACACUCGGCUCUGUCUGGCAUAUGGUGGAUCUGAUGUGUCAAGAUGCUUUUACUGGCUGAUGCAACGAGCUGGUUUCCCUUACAGAGAAUGCCAGUUAACAAAUAAAAUGGAUUGCCUUCUUCUGCAGCACCUUAAAGAAACCUUUUGUCAUUUGGAUCAGGACAUCUCUGGGCUUCAAGACCAUGAGUUUCAGAUUCGACAUCCAGAUUCCCCUGCCCUUCUUUACCAGUUUCGAUUGGGAGAUGAAAAACUCCAGGCUCCAAUGGCUUUGUUUUAUCCAGCAACUUUUGGAAUCGUUGGACAGAAAAUGACAACUUUACAGCACAGAUCCCAGGGUGACCCUGAGGAUCCUCACGAUGAACAGUACCUGCUGGCCACGCAGAGCAAGCAGGAACAGUCUGCGAAGGCUACUGCUGACCGGAAGUCUGCAUCCAAACCCAUUGGAUUCGAAGGGGACCUUCGUGGCCAGUCCUCUGACCUUCCAGAAAGACUGCAUUCCCAGGAGGGGGAUCUGGGACCCUCCCAAGGAGACUGUUUGAUGGCUGGCAAUGAUUCUGAGGAGGCUCUCACUGCACUGAUGUCCAGGAAGACUGCCGUCUCACUGUUUGAAGGGAAAGCCCUGGGACUGGAUAAAGCCAUCCUGCACAGCAUAGACUGCUGCUCAUCUGAUGAAACCAAAAAGAAGAUGUACAGCUCCAUCCUGGUGGUAGGAGGUGGUUUGAUGUUUCAUAAAGCCCAAGAAUUUCUGCAGCACAGAAUUCUCAAUAAAAUGCCACCUUCAUUCAGGCGAAUUAUUGAAAAUGUGGAUGUGAUCACAAGGCCCAAGGACAUGGAUCCCCGGCUGAUUGCCUGGAAGGGAGGGGCAGUGUUGGCUUGUUUGGAUACCACACAGGAACUGUGGAUUUAUCAGAGAGAGUGGCAGCGCUUUGGUGUCCGCAUGCUACGAGAGCGGGCUGCUUUUGUGUGGUGAAAUGGACAGAAAAGUCGCUGUUGAAGACCAACACAAACCUUGUGGUAUAAAAGACUUAGUAUAAUUUAUUGACUUAGGUGCUUUUAAGUUUCAUGAAAAUACAUGAAUUUUAACUUUUUUUUGUUGAACACAUUACACUGGUGUAAAAAAUAUGCUGCUUUUGUAGUCAGGACAUUUGAGAAUAAAUAAGAACUUAGUCUUC